ACUGUGGAGCCGCCAGGAUGGGAGCGCAGAGCCUGGCUGUGGCUUGGGGGGUUCUGGCUUUGUGCCUGGCCCUGGCUGGGGCCACCAACCCCGGCUUUGUGGUGAGGAUCACCCAGGCGGGCUUGGACUAUGCCCAUCAGCAGGGGAUCGUGGUCCUGGAGAAGGAGCUGGCCCAGCUGAAGCUGCCGGACAUCUCGGGUGACUUUCGCAUCCGGCACGUGGGGAAGGUGAACUAUGAGCUCUCCAGAUUGGACCUUCGCAGUUUCCACUUGCCGUACUCACGAAUCUCCCUGGUCCCCAACGUGGGCCUGCAGGUCUCCAUCUCCAACGCCUUCGCCGAGGUGGAUGGGAACUGGCGGGUGAAGCUCUACUUCAUCCGGGACCACGGCUCGUUUGACCUGCAGGUGGAGAAUGUCUAUAUCAAAAUCAACCUGCAGCUGGGCAGAGACACCUCUGGGAAACCCACCAUCGACACCUCUGCCUGCAGCACCCACAUCUCCAAAGUCCGGGUACACUUUUCGGGCAAGUUUGGAUGGCUUUACAACCUCUUCCAUAACGCUAUUGAGCCCGUAUUCCGGAAGAUCUUGGAGAGCAAGGUCUGUGAGAGCGUGGUCACGUCUGUGCACAGCGAGCUCCAGCCUUACCUCCGGACCCUGCCAGUCACAGCCAGGAUAGAUGCCAAGGCUGGGAUCGAUUACUCCUUGGUGGCACCCCCGACUACUACCGCCCAGUCCCUGGACGCAAACCUGAAGGGCGAAUUCUUCUCCCUGCUCCACCGCUCCGCCGUCCCCUUCCCUCCGCUGGCGCUGGCCUUGCCCCGAGAUCACGACCGCAUGGUUUACUUCGGGGCCUCCAGCUACUUCUUCAACACAGCCAGCCUCGCCUACCACGCAGCCGGGGCACUGGUCUUCGAAAUCACGGACUCCAUGAUCCCCCAGGGCAUCGGCUUCCACUUGAACACCUCCACCUUCUCGGCCUUCAUUCCCCAGCUGGAGGAGAUGUACCCGGACAUGCUGAUGAAGCUCAGGCUGACCACGCACUCUGCCCCGUUCCUGGACAUCGGACCAGGGGGGCUCUCACUCAAGCCUGUCGUGGAUGUCCAGGCUUACGCCAUCCUUCCCAGCUCCAGCCUGGCUCCACUCUUCCUCCUCAGCCUGACAGGCAACGUGUCCGCCGUCAUCGACGUGAAAUCCGGCCACAUCGUUGGGAGCCUGAAGGUGGGCAGGAUGAAGCUCUCCCUGAAGCAUUCGGAUGUCGGCACUUUCCAGGUGCGAAUGCUGCAGUCCAUGAUGAACGUCUUUGCUUCCAAUAUACUGCUCCCACGUCUUAAUGACAGGUUAGCUGAGGGUUUCCCUCUGCCGCUGCCGGACAGAAUACAGCUCUCCAAUAUCCUCGUGAGGUUUCACCCGAAUUUCCUGCUGCUUGGAGCAGACGUCCACUAUCAGCCCCGAGGGUGGAGAUGAGGGCGACGAGAAGGGCCCUCGAGCACCGAAAACGUCCCCUUCGCCCCUUCCCUCGCCCCCGCUGCCGGAGCUGAGGAGCACCCACCGCGGCCGGGGGCAGAAGCGCCGGCGGGGGCUGAACCCCGCGUCCCCCCAACCCUCCCCUGGCCCCCUCCCCUCCCGCUUCCCGCUGUGCCGGGGGCGGUUGGCGACAAUAAAGGCGGCGGGCGCUGGGGUCA